CCUCAGAACCCUCCGCGUUCCCUCAUUAAUCCAGCCGGGAACGGUGGAUUUAAUCCGCCUGGAAAUGGCGGGAUGGAGCCUAAAUCCCCUGGGAUUCAGCCUAAAAAGCUCCCGAAUCCAAUCUGCUGCUUCCCAUGGAUUGGGGCGGUACUUGUGAUGGGCGGGACGGUGACGUCAGUCCCUCUGGCCCUGGCCCCUUCCGGCGCCUCCCGAUCGCGUUCGGGCAUUUCCGCGAGCGCCGGGGCCGUUUCUGGGCCGGGACCGGCGCCUGUCCCGGGGCUCCUUCGCCACCGGAGCGUCCCCAAGGUGUCCCCGCCGGGUCACCAAUGAGCCAGCAGAACCAGAAGUUGCUGAAGGCGCUGGUGUCCGUGGUGGCCACCCUGGGCAAGGUGGCGGCCACCGUGACCGGGUCACACAGGGACGUGCGGCAGCGCGUGUCGCCAAAGUUCCUGCCCGCGGCCCUGAGGAGAUUCACCCAGAGCCUCCGUGAGACCCUGGACCACGGCGAUGUCGCCUCCAUGGGCCACCGUGGUGUCCCCUCCCUGGGCCAGGCCCUGGCCGCCCUCUGGGCCACCCCUGGGACCAACUGGGCCGAUGUGAGAGCCGCGGCCAAGGCCUGGCAGGAGUUGGUGGCCGCGCUCAGGGAGAGAUGGGACCGGCUGCAGGAGGAGGCAGAUGAGCUGCGCAAGACCUGCUGGGACGCGACCCCCUCCUGGGCCAAGCACCUGUGGUUAAAGGCCACCUUCAGGGAGAGGGGACAACCUGGGGACAGCCUGGAGGCCACACCCUGGUGGCUGCCGGUGACCCUGGACAGGGUCGAGGGGGCCUCGGCAGGGGCCACGCACGAUGCUCAGGUGGCAGCGGCCACCAGUGAGGAAGAGGAAGCUACCAGCGAGGCCAUGGAUGAGGCCGUGGUGGCCACCAGCCGGGCGAGGGCGGCCACCUGGAGGGGACAUUGGGCAGUGGUGGCCCUGGCGCCGCUGAAGCGUCUGGUGGACGCGUGUGACAAAGCCAUGGAGUUCACCUGGGACAUGCAGACCCAGCUCGAGGAGAUUGAGGACACCCUGAAGUGGCCAGAGCAGAUGUCCCCCAAUAUCCUUGAGGCCUUGGUGGCCGACGUGGCUGAGUUUGAGCGUCUCUGGGAGGGCAGCGCCCGCCUGGCCACACAUCACCUGCUGCCGACGCUGUGGGAUAUCCACAACCUCCUCUUGAGUCCCUAUGCUGGCCCAGGUGGCCCCGGUGGCCCGGGUGGCCCCGGCAGCCGCGCAGUGGCCAAGCGGUGCCAAAAAGCCAUCAAGGACAUCCCGAGGCUGCUGCAGAGACAGUGAUGUCACCACUGUGAUGUCAUCGGUGCAGUGAUGUCACUGGAGAGACUUGUGGACAGUUGAGUGCCACCAGCUCCUUGAGUGCCUGUGGUGGUUGGACCGGAAAUGGGAUUUCUGGGAUGCUGUGGUCACUACCAUCAGGCCAAUGGGUGCUGCACCCCUGGCAAGCUCUCUUUGGACUUCCGUCGGGAAAGGCUUUGGAUCUCUCCCCCUGUCCCAGCUGCCGGCUGGCCGGGGGGAGGGGAAAAGCCACGAGGCCAUGAGGUAGGCCCAGCCCAAGGAUGGAGGAGUGCCAAGAGGAAGAGACAUCAGGCAGCUCCCCCCAGGGAAGAGAGAGAGAGAGAGCAGCGUCUAAAUUCGAUAGUGAUGUCUGAAUUCGAUAGCGUUGCUGGCCCAGCAGGAGAAGCGGGGGGAGUGCCUGGCCAGAACAGCGGUGGGAGUUCCGGUGGGAGUUCCAGAGCUCUGGGACAGGCAGAGACUGAAAUUUUUAACCCUUUUCUUGCAUGAUUGAGACAUUGCAAAAUGCUGAUCCUCCUGGAGCUGAAUGAGAAGAGAGAUAAGAGAUGAGAUAAGAAAAGAUAGGCCUGAAGGAAGUGGAGAAAACUGACUGAGUGGGGGGAGAGAUGACAGAGUGGCCUUCUGGCUGGACUUUCCUUGUGUGGCCAUAGACUGAACCAGUUUUUUUCCUGUGACACAGAGACUGCAUUUAGGGGGAGGCAGUGCCUCAGAACCGGGAGGGUUCAGUGUGGGGACCCCUCGGCCCCAGGGGGUGAAAAACUGGGGGGGGAUAGAUGUCCCCAAGGAGAGACUGUGCCUUUUUGGAGUGAGACAAGACAUCCUUGAAAGACAACCCUAGAGGAAGCUCUGGUCCAUGCACAGUGGUGAGAGCACUGGGCAUGGAAGGAAGGUGUCACGAUGGCAAAGGACUUUCCGGGCGGUGCUGAGUGACAUGGGAGCACACGAGGUUUCAACGUGUUUCCAGGGGAAGCCUAUGGUGCAAGAAGGACUCCUCUCCUCUUGAUGAACUGAAGGCUGAGUAUUCUAAAGGGUGGUGCUGGACUGAGAGUUGGUAAUUUUGGGGGAAUGUAUUGCAUUGGGAAAUUUGGUGGGGGGGAGGAGGAAAGUGCUUUUGUAAGGUUUUCAUAUUUUUUUUCCUUAUGUUUUUUUUUUCUUUCUUCUUUUCUUGUAGUUUAGUUAAUAAAGCUUUCCUUAUUUCUAA